AUGUUAAGAAGAGGUUUUCUGCUUAGAUCUAAAACGUCUUCCAAGACUGUGGCGCCAAAAGAGGUUCCACCCUCGGAACCACCGUUUCUGACGACGACGUCACUUCCCCAUGACAUCGUCGUUAACAUCUUAGCCCGCGUAUCGAGAUCCCACUAUCCAAAGCUCUCCCUCGUCUCCAAGUACUUCCGAACGAUCGUUAGGUCGCGUGAGGUAUACGCGAGACGAUCCUCCUUGGGAUGCACGGAGCACUGUCUUUACCUCAUCCUCUACAACCUAAGAACCAAGGAGAACCGUUGCUACAUUCUCCUCCGGGGUACAACCAACGGCAGUCACCCCCGCUUGGUCCUUGUCCCUUCGCUUCCCGUUUUGCCGUCCCGACCGUAUCCUUCAAGCUUUGCUGCGGUUGGCUCGAAGAUAUACAUGUUUGGCGACGGUAACGACGGCAGUACGGCGCUAAGCAUUGACUUUGAGUCUCACACCGUGCGAUCUCUCCCUAGCAUGCCUGCGCCUUUGGUUUAUACAGUCGCUAACGUCAUCGACGGGAGAAUCUACGCUAUUGGACGUGAUGACAGGGACUUGGACAAGAUGAUGGUGGUGGUGUUCAACACGGAGACGCAAACGUGGGAGCCUGAGAAGACAACGGCUGACGUAGAGGCAGGUGACAUGUAUCAUGGAAGUGUGGUGAUGGCUGGUAAGAUGUACACUAAAGAUUUUGAUAGCAGCUAUGUUUACGAUCCCAAAGAGAGGAAAUGGGGAACGGACGAGGUUAUGAACUCUAAGGAGUGGAGGUAUGGGUGCGUUGUUGAUGAUGUACUGUACUAUUACGAAUGUGAAGAAGAUUGUGAGAAAGAGUUGAGAGGGUUUGAUAGAAAGGAGAGGUGUUGGCGAGUGGUGAAAGGUUUGGAGGGGUUGUUGCAUGAGACGAGAAGUUCACUGUGGUCACAGACUGGGAGUUACGGUGGGAAUCUAGCUUUGUUUUUCCCUAAAGGAGAUGAAAGAAGAGGGGAGGAGAUUUGGUGUGCGGAGAUAUCGCUGGAGAGACGUCAAGGAGGGGAGAUUUGGGGUAAGGUUGAGUGGUGUAAUCGUCUUGUGACUGGGUUUCAAUUGACGGAAUCUCUAGACGUUGUUGUUUGA